AUGAUUAUGACACCCCCUCCCUCAAACCUUGGGCCAACUCUGACAGAAUUCUUCUAUUUUGCUGGGGACGAGGGGUGGCGGGUGAAGAUUCUCCCCUCCUCCCACCCUCAAUCCCUCGUUCGCCCUCCUACCCCACUGGCGCGCGCACAACGGGACCCCGGCACGUGGGCGCGCGGGAAGAGGCGGCGGCGGCGGCCAAGGCUGCUGCUGCUACUGCUAUUGCCCAAACCGGCUAGAGCCUUGGCUGCUGCUGCCCUCUCAGUCUCUAGCCGGAACCCAGCAGAGCAUCAAGGGAAACAGGGAUCUGGGAGAGAGCAGAGAAAACCCCGCUCUCCGGCCCCCGCCCUCUUUCCCCGCCUUUCUUUCUCCCUCCCUCCCUUCUUCUCUCCCUCCCUGCUUGCCUGCCUGUCUGCCGGAAAGCACGAUGCAGCGGCGCUCUGGGUAGGCGGCGGCCGGCGGGAGCGGACAGAGGUUUUCCCGCAGCUGUCAAGGCGUCCGGCUGCUCCCUCCGGCUGGGGCCUGGAUUCAGGGGGCGGCCGGAUCGCCAGCCCCCGGCUAGAAGCUGCAGGAGGGCUUGGGAGCCGGAGCCGCAGCCAGAGCCAGAGGAAAAGAGCGUCGGUGCAUCCAGCCGGGUGCUUAAAGUCCAAGGAGAGUUGGUGCUGCUGGGGUCGGUCACCCCAACCCCCCGUCCCUCUUCCCACCCAACUUCAUUCCCAGUCCCUUCCUCCUUCCUCCUCUCCCCUCCUCCUCCCCCCAUGCUGUGGCUUCGCUGACUCGUCCAGUGGAGGGAUGUGCUCCCGGCCGAGCUGCGCGCUCGCCGCCUCUCCCCUCAUGGGAUUGCCUGCACAGAGAGGCUGGAGUUGGAGCGCUUAGCUCCCGCGGAGCAGGGAGAAGAACGGAGGGGAGCAAAAAUUAACAUACAGACAUACACAGAGAGACCCACACAAUCCUUCCGCUGCACUUGCUGCUCGCCCUCCAGUCCCGCGAGGGGGCGGCUCCGGCCGGCGGCCAGACCAAGGGCUGGGAAUGAUGUUGAAUCCAUGCAUCUUAGAGUCUGUAGGAUAUA